AUGAAAUUCCAAUCUUAUAGCUGCGCAAUAUGCGCAUUAACCCUAUUGUCCAUCAUAUCAUCUGCUGCUUCGGUAGUCACUGUUGGUACUGAAGAUCAUCAAGCUCCUCUUCAGAGACAACAAAUUGCCGAGGCUGUUGACCAUCCUGUGCUUUUCAGUCAUGACAUUGCAGAGUCCCAAGCACAGCUAUGGAGGAGGCAGUUUCCAAACCAACAGUCUGUUGCUACUCCCACGAUAGCCACGCGGCGGGGACGAUCGUUUGGUGUCUGGAACGGGUUGCUUCUCCUUUCUAUAAACACCGCUCAGAUCCAAAUUGUGACGGCAACAUCGACUGCGACUGUCCCCUGCAGCGAUAACACGUCUCCCGGUACGGUUGGCGUAUCAUACGGCAUAGCAAACAACAUCACUUCGACUUCUCACGUAUCAUCAUUAUCAGCCUCUCCGAUCUCACUGCCGGAAAAUACUUUGGACACCCAGAGUUCUGCUCCUUUGCUUUGCCAGGACGCUACUACCACUGUGACGGAGACAGAACACCACCACCACACCGUCUUUACUACCCAGACCGCGACGGUAACGGACAACCUGGCACGUCGACCACAAGCUACAGGGUUUCUGCCAGAGUACCCUCAAGGCAGCUCUGGAUCAGGGGCAGAUCACUUCCAGCCUGUUGAUUCGUUCCCAGAGGAUCAGAUUGCUCAGCAACUACCUGCCAGUACAGCGAAGCCGUCUCCACCGGAAGGCAACGGCAAUCGCCCUCUACCGGUUGCUCAAUUUGAAUAUGUAACGGAGUAUGUCACACUCACUGCCGUCAAGGUCAACUCUGUUGGGCCGGAAGUGUAUCAGAGUCCUGUAUCGUACAUUAUGAGCCCAACACCGAGCGAGGAAGAGUCUUCUGGUGAUGAAGACGAGUCCGGGGUAACGACGACUACAAGCGCGGUGACUACACUAUUCACAACCGUCACAGGCACAAACGUUGUUGAGACUGCAAUUACUAAAAGUUUCUCAACCGGGCAGUCUCCAGCCUCACGUUAUCCUCAGCAACUCGAUCCCGACCCCACGACCAUACCAACGGUUUCUUCUUUCUCAAACGCUGUUUCGUCUCUGGUGAAUACGACAGAACGCUCGUCGGUUUCCAUGUCGCACUCAGCUAAGCCCACUAUUCAAAUUGUCAAUAUAUGGAGCUCGGAUUGGUCUACCUAUCCAUCCUCAUCAACCUCGGUAACAACAGAAACAACUAGUCAAAUUACGCAGAUUCCCAAUACUCCAGAGCCAGGCCAGGCGUUUGAUUCUCACAGCCCUUCUACCUACCCUAUCACCACAAGGCUGAAGUUUUCGACUUCCCCGGUAUCGCCGACGGUGGUAAGUACCGAGCCAUCAUUGUCGACUCCAUCAACCACAGCAACCACAACAAGCGUCCACAUAUCGACGCAUACCACGCCGCACGCCGACGUCGUCGACAGCAUGGAAACCACGAACACGGCAUGCGAGGACAGCGUGCCCACGAAUGGGUCGAGAAUGCCACAUAUUGUCAUUAGCAACAUUGCUAGGCGGCGGAGGCGGUCUUGA